AACGGGGAACAGAUAAGAGGUAGCUGUAAGACUCCACCACAGCCACCAAUUCAACACAAUGAACACUCUUCACUAUUCAUCUCAUUACUUUGCAUAAAUGCAGACCACAUCAUGCUUUUAUCAACAAAGAAGAAUUCAUGGACGACCUCUUCUUCUGCACAUCUCUGCCCCUCAUCUUCAUCCUCUUGAUCACCAUCAAAUCCCUAUUUCGAUCAAAACAACACAGUCGCACAAACCUCCCACCAAGCCCUCCAUCUUUACCAAUUAUAGGCCAUCUCCAUCUCCUAAAACCGUUGGCCCAUCGGACCUUCCACCAUCUCUCACAAAAAUAUGGCCCUGUUUUCUCCCUCUGGUUCGGCGCACAUCGUGUGGUUGUAGUCUCUUCAUCCUCAAUUGCUGAAGAAUGUUUCACCAAAAACGAUGUAGUUCUGGCAAACCGUCCUCGCUUCAUGCUUGCAGGCAAACACAUGGGCUACAACUACACCACUGUGGUGGAGUCCCCAUAUGGGGAUCACUGGCGCAACCUACGCCGUAUUGGCGCUACCGAUAUCUACUCUCCCACUAGGCUCAACAUGUUCUCGAGCAUCAGGAAGGACGAAGUCAAGCAAUUGCUAUUCAGACUCUCACACAACUCACGUGAAGAUUUUGCAAAGGUGGACUUGAGAUCCAUGUUCUCUGAGCUGACAUUUAACAUCAUAAUGACAAUGGUGGCAGGGAAGAGGUAUUAUGGAGAUGGCAUGUCAGACAAAGAAGAGUCCAAACAGUUCAGAGAUCUCAUGAGCGAGGGUUUGUCGUAUGGUGGCGCAACAAACCCCUCAGACUUUGUGCCUAUAUUGAAAUGGUUUGGAGGUGGUGGGGCUGAGAAGAAGGUGAUGGACUUGGGUAAGAGGAUGGAUGCAUUCUUGCAAGGUUUGAUCGAUGAGCAGAAUCUGAGUAAAACUACUUCAGAUCGGAGUACAGCAAAUACUUUGAUCCACCAUUUACUUUCUCUUCAAGAAUCACAGCCUGAGUAUUACACUGACCAAAUUAUCAAAGGGCUUAUACUGGUUAUGCUUUUGGGGGGUACUGAUUCUUCAUCCCUGACAAUGGAAUGGGUCAUGUCCAAUCUGCUCAACCAUCCUGAGGUGUUAAAAAGGGCUAGAGCUGAACUGGAUGCUGAAUUUGGACAAGAACGCUUAAUAGACGAACCAGAUGUCUUCAAACUACCUUACCUACAAAGUAUCAUCUCCGAGACUCUCCGAUUGUACCCAACAGGCCCACUACUAGUACCUCAUUAUUCAUCUGAUGACUGCACCAUUGGAGGAUUCAAUGUGCCACGUGACACAACGGUAAUGAUCAACGCUUGGGCCAUACAUAGAGAUCCUAAGUUGUGGGAUGAUCCAGAAAGCUUCAAGCCUGAAAGGUUUGCAAAAGGUGGAGAAGAGCUGUACAAGCUCAUGCCAUUUGGACAAGGAAGAAGGGCUUGCCCUGGUAUAGGGAUGGCCCAACGUGUGGUUGGCUUAACUUUGGGAUCAUUGAUUCAAUGUUUCGAGUGGGAAAGAAUCAGUGAGAUGAAGGUUGAUAUGAGCGAAGGUAAAGGACUCACAAUGCCUAAAGCUGUGCCACUGGAGGCUAUGUGCAAAGCACGCCCUAUUGUGAACAAAGUUCUCUUUUAGAUAAAAAUCCAGAACAUAAUGAGAGUACUGUAAUAAUUUAAAGUACAUAUUCAUACUUCCACAUAAUGAGAGUACUGUAAUAAUUUGAAGUACAUAUUCAUACUUCCAUUGAUAUGUCAUCUAGUAUAUUCAAUUCAAAUCA